UCUUGGAGUAAGAACGGGGGGCCAUGGUUGUCGUCGGGUGUCGUCUUCGUCGCAAGCAAAGAGGAAGUCAAGAUCAGACUGAAGUUGGUGAAAAACAGCAGUCGCCGAGUGUGGGUGGCCCGUGCUUCGCUUCUUCGACGCGCCAAGCCGUCGGUCGCACCUUCGGAUUUCUGAAUUUGCUGCGUCCAACUUUGACCUCCCGCGAGCGACGACAACUAUAUCCCGACAACUCCCCAGUCUCCGAUAACCAACAGUCAAAAUGGGUCACGCCGCAGGUCUCAGAGCUGGUACCAGAUACGCCUUCUCGCGCGACUUCAAGAAGAAGGGUUACAUCGCCCUCUCGACCUACCUCAAGCAGUACAAGGUCGGAGAUAUCGUCGAUGUCGUCGCCAACGGUGCCGUCCAGAAGGGUAUGCCCUACAAGGUCUACCACGGAAAGACUGGUGUCGUCUACAACGUGACCAAGUCCGCCGUCGGUGUCAUCCUCUACCGCCAGGUCGGCAACCGUUACAUCGAGAAGCGCAUCAACGUCCGCAUCGAGCACGUCCGUCACUCCCGCUCCCGUGAGGAGUUCUUGACCCGUGUCAAGACCAACGCCGAGAAGAAGCGCCAGGCCAAGACCGACGGCUCCCACGCUUUCCUCAAGCGCCAGCCUGCCAUGCCCAGAGAAGCCCGCACCAUCUCCAUCAAGGAGGCCAAGCCCGAGACUCUGGCUCCUAUCGCCUACGACACUGCCAUCUAAGCGUGGACCAUGAUGAUGAGCAACCCGGGGCCUCUUUUUUUGCUAGCUGUGGGUGGGGAGUUUUUUUAUGGAAUUUACCAAAAAAUGGCAUCGAGUCUUCUGAACACUUCCAUACAAUCAUCCCGGCAAGGAGCAAUGGCAUACCAAUGGUCGUGAUCUGACU